AUGAUGCCAGCCUCGAAGGCCAAUAGGUCUCAUGUGUCUACUUUUUGGUCGCGGAUGGAUCCGCGAUCAAAACGUGCCACGGAACAAUCUGCCCAACCGACUUGGUCAGAUUUCUCGAUUUUCGCUCUAGAUCCCGACUCAUUAAGUGAUCUCGUACAGUCCAAAGAUGUCCAGGGGCUCCAUGCCCUCGGUGGGGUAAAAGGUUUGGAGGAACAACUACGAACCGACGUCCUCUCUGGUCUAAGCAUAGACGAGACCUACCUGGAUGCUCCUGUGAAUGUCACUGCAAGUGCUACAAGCACUAUACCAACAGAAAAAGCUGUUCUCCCUGAGCUUCGAAUCCGGACAGAGCUUGAUCACGAUGCAUUCGUCGACAGAAGGAAAUUCUUCGGGGACAAUCGUCUACCCAUAAAACCAUCCCCGAGCUUCCUGUCAUUGAUGUGGUCAGCCUACAAUGACCACGUCUUAUUCCUUCUAACUGGGGCUGCUAUUAUCUCGCUGGCUUUGGGGCUGUACCAGACAUUCGGGACCAAACACACUCCCAACAACCCGCCCGUUGAAUGGGUGGAGGGGGUUGCCAUCCUCGUCGCGAUCGUAGUCAUUACCCUCGCCGGUGCUGCAAAUGACUAUCAAAAGGAGUACAAGUUCCGGAAACUCAACAAGAAACAGCAGGAUCGCAAUGUUUGGGUCCUUCGAUCUGCAAGAAUUCAUGAGAUCCCCAUCUCCGAGGUUGUUGUUGGUGAUAUUGUCCACAUCAGUCCUGGAGAUAUCGUGCCUGCAGAUGGAGUAUUGAUAAGAGGUCAUCAAGUCAAAUGCGAUGAGUCCUCGGCAACUGGCGAGUCGCGUCCGGUCGAUAAAACCGCUAUCGAUGCGACUCGUCCUGAUGACUCUCAUGAGAUCGACUCCUUCAUCUUCUCUCAUACCAAGGUUGUGGAAGGAGCCGGUGCAUACCUCGUUUUGGCUACGGGCACAAAAUCAAGCUACGGCAGAAUACUCCUCUCUCUCGACACCGAUCCAGGGUUCACUCCGCUUCAAGUACGGCUCAGCACUCUUGCAAAAAACAUCGCCCGCUUCGGUGCACUUGCGGCACUUGUGCUCUUCGUAAUCUUGUUUAUCAGAUUCUGCGUCGGUCUCCGGAACAGCACCGAGUCUGCCUCUGAAAAAGGACAAUUGUUUCUGAAUGUUUUCAUUCUAGCCUUGACUGUCGUUGUGAUCGCGGUCCCUGAAGGACUUCCCUUGGCAGUUACACUUGCAUUGUCAUUUGCCACUACCCGAAUGAUGAGGGAUAACAACUUGGUUCGACAGCUCCGAGCAUGUGAAACAAUGGGACAAGCCACGGAUAUCUGUUCAGACAAGACGGGAACCCUGACACAAAAUGAAAUGACUGUUGUCGCUGGAUUUUUCGGUGAUAACUUACAAUUUACUGAUCGAGCCAGUAAUCCGAAUGUGUUGGAGGAACAAACGUUCUCAUCUGUUGCAAAAUGCAUGAGCCGCCUCUCGGCUCAAUCGAGGUUGCUUUUGAGGCAAUCUAUCGCGAUCAACUCAGCUGCAGUUGAAAGUCAAUGUGACGGACGUCGGCAGUUCCUUGGAUCUCAAACAGAGGCUGCCUUACUUAGAUUCUCCCAGGACUAUCUUGAGCAAGGUCAGCUUGACUACGAUCGAGCUAGUGCAGAAGUUGUAGAUCUUUUGCCUUUCGAUUCUUCUCGCAAAUACAUGGUCACAGUUGUAAGACUACCUAGCGGGCUGUAUCGACUAUAUGUGAAAGGUGCUCCUGAGAUUCUCCUUGAGAAAUGCUUGACCACGAUUGCACAGCCUAUGCAAGGGCUUGACACCACUCCUAUCACACAGGAUGGAACUGAUCAGAUACUCCAAGAGAUUUCUCAAUAUGCCUCCCGAUCCUUGCGCACAAUUGCGAUUUGCUUCCGUGAUGUAGAAGAUCUGCCCUAUAGGGGUGAGGAGGAAACUGUCGACUUCGAUAAUCUGAUGAAAGGGCUUACUUUCCAAGGACUUCUGGGUCUACAAGACCCUCUCCGGGCCGAUGCUUGGGGCGCUGUGGAUACCAGCCAUAAAGCGGGUCUCACUGUGCGCAUGGUGACCGGUGACAACCUUCUAACAGCAAGAGCUAUUGCAGAAGAAUGUGGGAUUAUCAGCAGUUCAGAUGAUCUUGUGAUGGAAGGCGAUGAAUUCCGUGCGCUGAAUGAAUCACAGCAGAGGGAGCUAGUUCUACGCCUCAAGGUUCUCGCUCGAUCUCGCCCAGAUGAUAAACGGGUUCUGGUUCAACGUCUGAAGGAUCUUGGGAGAGUCGUCGCUGUUACUGGAGACGGUACCAACGAUGCUCCUGCCCUUGCAGCUGCGGAUAUUGGAUUCUCAAUGGGAAUAUCUGGCACUGAGAUUGCUCGUGAGGCUUCUUCUAUUGUCUUGCUGGAUGAUACGUUUUCUUCGAUUGUCAAAGCUAUCAUGUGGGGGAGAGCAGUUGGCGAUGCCGUUAAGAAAUUUUUACAGUUCCAAAUCACCAUAACCUUCACCUCAGUGGGCUUAGCAUUUGUCUCUGCAGUAGCCAACUCAUCACAGGAGUCAGUUCUGACACCAGUCCAGCUCAUGUGGGUAAACCUCUUUCAAGACACUCUAGCAGCUCUAGCGCUAGCAACGGACCCUCCUCCACGUCGGAUCCUUGACCGCAAACCCGAACCAACAUCUACACCUUUGAUUACCCCUACCAUGUGGAAGAUGAUCAUUGGCCAGUCUGUAUAUCAGAUGGUAGUAACACUGGUCCUGUACUUUGCGGGCUCUUCUAUCUUUUCCUAUCACACUGCUCUUGAAACAUCACAGCUACAAACAGCUGUUUUUAACACCUAUGUCUGGAUGCAGAUAUUUAACAUGUACAACAAUCGACAAAUUGAACGAUCAUUUAACCUCAUCGAAGGGAUCCAUCACAACUGGCUCUUCAUAGCAAUCACCUUCGUUAUGAUGGGCGCUCAAAUCCUGAUUAUGUUCGUCGGCGGGCGGGCAUUCUCAAUCACGAAGUUGACUGGCGAUCAAUGGGCAUAUUCCGUCGUUCUUGGUGCAAUAUCAAUUCCCAUCGGGUUCAUUUUGCAGGCUGUUCCUACUGUCGUCGUUGAGAAACCAAUGGCAGGUAUGGGGAGGCUAUGGGAUCGCUUGCGUCGUCGGUGA